AUGGGUGAAAAUACGGGUAUGAAGUACAUGUUGAAACGGGUUUUUGGCUCCACGCCGAGGUCAAGGGUAAGUAACAUUCCGUUUUUACUUGUAUGUGAUUUUGAAUGACGAAAUUCGAAAGUAACUUGUCAUUUUUAUGGUAUCCAUGAGAUUUUUAUGUCUUAAUUUAAUAUUUUGUUUUUUUUUUUGGCUCUUUGAGAUAAAUAUGAUUGAAAUAUUAAUAUAAAGCUGUGUUCAGCGUCGUACGAUGCCAAGUUAUCUGGAGGACCUCGAUUCUCCAUGUUCUUCGACAUCCUUGGACAGGUCUAGGAGCACGUAUAAUAUUGGGUCAGAAGAUGAAGAGUAAGUUGGUUUCUCGUGUUAUUCUUUAUGAGUUUAGGUUCCGAUUUGACCGAUCUAUGAUGGAUUUAAAACUUCGGAGUGUCGAACACACCACUGAUUUCAAUCUUCGGCAAAGAAGGAAAUCCCAGUCUUCUCUGACCUCGUUGAUCGAAGGAUUAAGGUCCAAACUCUCCUUGGAAGGCGUUAAGACCAAAGUUGAUCUUGUUCCCGGUGUUGAAGAUUUCCCAGGUGAGAUAAUGAAACUGUAUAUUUAUAUUUUUCUAGUCCUUCCAAGACGAGCUCAAGAACUAUGUGACGUCAUUUGGGAUCCCUACAAAGAUCCGAAUGAAGUUUUUUCUUCAAAGUUCAAUAUUCAUUUGGCUAGAAAAGAUCUGAUAAAAUUGGACAACCAUGGCUGGCUGAACGACGAAAUUAUUAACUUCUACUUCUCGUUGAUAUCAGAAAGGUCCGAAAAAAGUCAUGGAUAUCCUAAAGUAAGUUAAAUUUUUUGUGUGAUCGAAAUUUAGGUCUUCUGUCAGUCAAGGAUAAUUUUUAAGUCGUUUUUGCAUUUUGGAUCAAUUUUUUAUAUUGCUCUAUAUUAUCCAUCCUUCAGGUGUACUCCUUCCCUACUUAUUUCUUUCAAUCCGUCUCCCGCGGUGGUCAUAGUCGUGUAAAAAGAUGGACAAAGAAUUUAAAUAUCUUUAACUAUGAUAUCAUCCUGUUCCCGCUCAAUCUGGGCAACUGUCACUGGUGCUUAGCUGUAAGUUAUUUAUGCCAAUUAUGAGAUUAAAAUAGUUUUAAAUGAAGAAUAAUGUGGUUCCAGGUUUACGAAUGUGGUUCAAAUACGUUGCGUUUCCUGGAUUCCAUGCGAUCCGAUGGAUUUUCCCAUCUAAAAGUCCUGCGGUGAGUUUUGAAACGGGGAUUUGAGGUUGAAUUUGAGGGAAAAAGAAGUGAAAAUGUAAACAAAUAGAGUUUGAAGGCCUUUCAAAUAUGAUAGACGACUUGUUUUUGUCGAUCGUUUGAGUGGGCGAACUAUUUUUGAACGAGAACCGGAUUAAAAUAGGCUUUUUAGAUUUUCAUGUGUAAUGUAAAUACAUUAAACGUAUUUUUAGUGAUUACCUCAUUACCGAAUUUGAAACAAAACAUCCAGGAGGUCAUCUGAGGUCCGAAGACAUUAUAAUCAUCAGCAAGGAGGUAGGUCUGACCGGGUUUUGAUAUUAAAAUAGGGAUUUAACCCUGCCGAAGAACUGAAAAAAAACUUUUUUUGUUUAAAGGACGUUCCAAAACAGAUGAAUGGCUUCGAUUGCGGCGUCUUCACCUGCCGCAUGGGCGAAUACGUCUCUCGCCGAGCGCCCAUCAACUUCAGCCAGCGCCAUAUGCCCGAAUUCCGGCGACGAAUCCUCUUCGAAAUCGUCGAACAGAAAUUACUUUGA